CGGUUUUUUUGGUCUCCUUUAAAAUUUUUCAUUAUGGACAUAGCAGAUUUACACUCUUAGCCGACGAUAUUAUUUGUCCGCUUUGUAAGAAAAAUGAGCUGCAGUGUGGAACUUAUAAGAAAUUAGAAACUCAUUUAGCAUUGGAGCAUGAUAUUAAAUUGGAGUUUGAAACACAUCACUUCACUAAUGAAGAAAACUAUGAACAUUGGUUUGAGACAGAGAAAUUGGAAAUGAUAUAUGCAGUCCACGGAGUGAAAAAAUAUAAGGAUUAUAUACUUAAGUCUUAUGUUUGUAACAGAAGCAAUUCGAAAGGAUUUGAAAGUAAAAAUUCGCAACGAAUAGUGAAAUCAAGCGGUUCCAUCAAGAUCUAUGGAGUAUGUCCAUCUCGUAUUGAGACUAAGAUUCUGCAAACAGGGCAGACUAUUUCAAGAUUUUGGAAAACCCAUGUAGAUCAUGAAGAGGAUACAGGGACACAACACUUAUCAAAACUUGAUAAGAAAGAAAUUGUCAAAAAAUUGUGUGAUGGUGUUAUUGUAGAAAGGAUUAUCUCUGACGCAAGGAAAGUGAAAUCAGAAGAAUUGCACAGAUUGAAUUUGAUAAAUAGGAAAGAUAUAGCUUAUUUGUCAAAAAAGCAUAAUAUACUGCAAAAGAAACAUGAGAAUACCAUGAUAGCAGUAAAUCUCAAAGUGAAAGAAUGGAACGUUGAUGGAAAAAACUACUGCUUUUUUUUUAAACAGAAAGGCGAACAACAUCCAUUAUUGCAUCCUAACGACUUUUGUCUAGGGUUUAUGAAUGAGGUAAUGGAAAAAAAAAUCAAAGAUUUCCCAAAAAUAAUAUGUAUGGAUGGAACCCACUGUACUAAUCAGAAGGGAAUGGAUUUAACUGUGAUGCUUGUGAAAGACGAUAGGAAUAUGGGAUUUCCAGUGGCCUUUUUUCUUAGCAAUAGAUUAGACCAGUUGACUCAAGAAGUUUUCAUGAAAGCACUGAGUGAGAAACUUGUGGAUAGAAUAGAGCCGGAAUAUUUCAUGAGUGAUGACGACCCAAAAUAUUAUAAUGCAUGGGUAAAAGUAAUGGAAAAUAGACCAAGAAGACUUUUGUGUACCUGGCAUGUGAUUAAAAACUGGGUGAUCCAAGACAGAUCUAAGAUAAAGAAUGAGCAAAUAAGGAAAACAAUGAAAAUUGAAAUGAAGAAAAUACUGAAUGAAACCGACAUUCACAAAUUUGAAGAAAAGAGUCAGAAAUACUUUGAAAAACUGGAAAAUUCUGAAGAAUUUAUGUUUCUCAAUUAUCUCAAAAAAUAUUAUUACCAAAGUAAAGAAAGGAUAGCAACGUGGGCGCAUUGCUACAGAUUAUAUGCAGGAAUUAAUACUAAUAUGGCACUGGAAACUCUCAAUAACAUCCUCAAAACUAACCUACUGAAAAGGAAAGCAAAUAUACCAGUUGAUCGACUUCUGGACGAAAUGGAAAAUUUAGUGGAUGGCAAAAUGUGGCAAAGAAUAUUAAAGAUAGAAAGACCCCAUUCCAAUAACUACCAAGACAGACUCGUUGCUAAGGCUCACAAAGCUGCAGAAAAAUUACUUUCAAAGAAUGAAACAGAGGUAAUAGAUGUUGGAUUCGGAGAAUUUUUGGUAAAAUCUUCAGCAGGUAUAAUUUUUUAUAAGGUACAAUAUAACGAAUUGUGUGAGGUGGAAUGCCGAACAUCAUUCUGUAGGAUAUGCAAGAUUUGUUUGCAUCGUUAUAGAUGUGAAUGUCCUGAUUUUGCCAUAAAAACUAAUAUGUGUAAACACAUACACUUGGUAUGUUUGCAUGAGCAAAGGUCGGGAAGCGAUUCUGUUUUAGGUGAUGUUGCCGUGCAGCUUUCUUUGGAAAAACCUUCAGAAAUUAAAAUGGCCAAUAGUGAAGAAAUCCAUGUCUUCAUAAAGAGAAAGAGAUGUGAAAAUGAUGAUACAGACGUGUUGGAUAGAAAAGCAAAAAGGGAGGCCAAACAUGAAACAGUUAACAACUAUCUGAGAUCUCUGGAUGAUGAGGAAUUUGAUAGGAAAAAAAAGAUGUCAGAGAGUCUUCAUAGUCGCUGGGCAGAAAUCCGGUGGGGAGAUGAGGUCGUGUACGAGCCACGAAGCUCAUCACCGGAUACAAUACCGGAAGUACCGGUGUUGAGGAGAAGAACGGUGACAGCGGUGAGGAUGUCUAGAGCCCCCCAGAGCUCGGUAUCGUCGGUUAGAGGGAGAAAUUACCUAGCCGGAGUGGAGAGAGUGAUGAAGAGGACCACUACGCAGUCUACACAGACCCCCCCCUUUGUGCCAGCUGCGUGCCAAUCAAACCACACCGGCCCCCAAGAGUGUUCGUACAGUAGGUACGAUGGGAUCUAAGGUCUAUCUAGAGGUGCGAUCCAACACUUGCUGGAAGUGCGGCAAGACAUGCCCCUCGCGGCAGGAGUGUCGAGGUCCACCACUCCUAUUUUGCAGCAGAUGUGGUUUGAUAGGUACGCAGACCAGGUAGUGCGAGUGCGUACCCAGGAAACUGGCCCCACGAC